AUGUUCGUAUUCCUUUUCCUUUUCUUUUCACUUACGAUUGCUGCAGACACAUAUGCAAAAGAUGAUUAUUUUGGAUACUUCGUUAUUUACAUUGUUGACAAAUGUUAUGUUACUGGUAUAACUGAAGCUGCUAAAAAAUACAAGAAAGUUUCCAAAGAUUCUGCUUCUAAAUUUCAAUUGUACUAUGCUGCAACAUGUUCAGAUAAAGCUUCUGAUUGGAUUAUUGAUACAGAAAGUCACAUUGUUUAUUCUGGUGCCAGUUCUUGCACAGAUGAUACUUUAGCAUUACCGGUUUAUUACUAUGAUACCUUAAGUUGUUUCCAACAGGGAAGUCAAUUUCCCAUUGUCAAUUUUGAUGGCAAAAAUGUUUACUUUUCUUACUACACAGACACAACAUGCAAAACUUUGUCAACUGACACAUCAGUAUAUGCUCCUGUUGACACAUGCGUUGAUUCUGGCAAAACCGAUAAAGUUCAAUACACCGCUGCAAAUCUUUAUAAACGUGAUGUUGGUGAUGAUUUUGAAAUUUAUGUAGAAGGCAGAUGCUACGUGGAUUCAAUCGCCACAGAUAGUACUAAAUAUGUUGUUGUACAUUCAGAUGGAUUGAUGUAUCAAGAUGCAAACUGCGUAUAUGCUGAAAGUUCUAAAGUAGCUGCAACUGGAGACGAAUAUAAGGUUAUCAAGGUUUUAUCACUACCAGAAUAUUACUAUGCCGAUCGAAAUUAUGCAAAAAUAGAUUGCAACGAUCCUCUCAAGCUUGAUUAUUACAUUAUGGCCGACUACUACCAUACAAGUUUGGCAACUUGCAAUGAAAAAAAUUCAUUGAACUUUACAACCACAAAAAAAUCGAUUACUUUUAACUAUUAUGACUCAAAGUGUGAAACACCCGAUUCUGUUGAACCAAAGUCGGAACAAAAAUAUGCUGUUUGCACUAAAAAUAAAGAUUCAAAUAAUGUCUUUUAUUUCUAUGGAAAAAAUUCUGCUGUUGUCAUUCCAGAUAAAGAUAACAGUAUUGAAGUGAUUAUUUCAAUUGUUGCAAUAAUUCUUAUGGCACUUUUUUGA